UCUCUCUUCAUACUCUCUUCUUUUAUCCUAUAGUGUUCUGCUGUGCUUCAGUUGAAUUAUAUAACCAAAAGACCAAAUUCCCUUUCAGGACAGCCUGACUGACACAACACACCUCCAUCCUGGUACAACUAUUAAACCUUGCUCAUUAACGCAGCUUACAUCUGACUCAGCACACCUGUCUUCUGCCAUCCUGCCCUCCACCCUCCUAAUCUGACCUUCAGAGCAUCGAUUCAUCAUGUCCAACCAACCAACCCAGUCCUACCAUGAAGGGGCCUACAUGUCCCUGAUGAGAGGCUUGAGGGAGCUGGACAUCCGGGGUCCUUGUGUUCCCAGUGACCUGGUGCUGAUUGGAGACCAUGCCUUUCCUUUAGCAAUGAACAGCCAAGGCCAGGUCCUGAUGGCUGCCUCUUUGUAUGGCUGUGGAAGGAUUGUGGUCCUGGGUCAUGAGGGCUACCUGACCGCCUUUCCUGCUCUGGUAGAGAACGCUCUGACCUGGCUGAGAGGAGAUGGAUCUGAAAACUUGUCUGUGGGAGUCCACACAAAUGUCAAGGCAGUCGCUGAUAAUCUCAGCAAAUCCAGCUUCCAAGCAGAAGUAAUGGGGGCCUUUAGUGUAAAUCUGGGGGUGUAUGUGACUGAUGCCUACAGCGUGGGUGCAGACGUGAAGGACCUGGUGGCAUUUGUGAAAGCUGGAGGAGGAGUGCUGAUAGCGGGGCAGGCGUGGAGCUGGGCUGCAGAUCACCCUAAGGAGAACACAAUCACUCAAUUUCCAGGGAAUAAAGUGUCUGGAGUGGCAGGGAUCUAUUUUUCUACGCAUUAUGGGAAGGUAGAGAUCCUACCUGUCUACCCUCAGAUCCCAUCUUCAUGGAUGGCUUUACGUACUGGUAAGGAUUUUGAGGAUGACCUGGAGUUCUUACUCCAGGGGGUUUCAGAGUUUGACCUCCAGGGUGAUGUUUUAGCUUCUGAGGUUCUGGUCCACGGCCCGCUAGCCUUUCCCAUCGGGACCACAGACAAUGGACAGGCGUUCCUGGCAGGAACCUACUAUGGGCAGGGACGGGUCAUUGUGGUUACACAUGAAGGUCUUCUGGGACGAGAGACACUGGCUUCAUUUUGGAACAAUGCCAUUAAUUGGUUGGACCAAGGGCGGACUGGGGCCGUUGGUGUUGUGCCAAACCUCAACCUUCUCAACAAUUCAGGGUUAAAGUGUAAGAAGACGGAGUUCAGCAAAGACCUGAGUGUAUUUGUGUGCACAGCGUACAGUGAUGAUCAUAUAGAGGAAAUCCAAGACUUUGUGGCAGAGGGAGGAGGACUGCUCAUUGGUGGACAUGCCUGGUACUGGGCACAGACACACUCUGGGCAAAACCCAAUGACAGAUUUCUCAGGAAACAAGAUCCUGAACAAAAUGGGCUUGAGCCUGUUGGAGGCAACUAUUGCAGAAGGUUCCUACAAGGCCCCUGUACCCAGCCAGGCCAUGAAAAACACCUACCACUUUUGCCAGCUUCUACGCCGCUUUACUGGUCAUGUUAUCCAGGGUAAAGAACUUACCAAGCAUGAGGAGAGACACCUUAAAAAACUGGGCAUGGAGUGUACCAACUUCUUGAACAUGAAGGCUUAUGAUAGCUACUCCUACACACAGGUGCUGUUCAUCCUCACUGACAUAUUGAAGACAUCUGGCAUGCCACAGGUGAGUGAGAAGAACCCUGUGAAGAGUCCAAAAGACCACCUACUCCUUAGUGUGGGGGCAGAGGUAUAUAAUGUUUCCCCAGAUCCUGAUGCCCUCCUGCCCUACCUCAUCAAGCCUAACCCCAUGAUGCCUUUUGUCUAUAACCGAAGGAUCAGGAUUAAUGCUAACACAGCAGGAGAGAAGGAGUGGCUUAGUACAGGUCUGUACCUCUCUCCUGGUAUGAAGACUGAGAUGAUCAUACCAGCAAAUAUCGUCAACAAGAGAUGGAUGGUUCAGAUAGGUUGUCAAACAGACUACCUGAAUGCUGCAGAGUUGAAGAGAGCACCACGUGUUCAAGAGCAAUUUCCUGUUACUACAGAGAAGAUGCAGGUAUCGAACCUGUGGGGGGGACUCAUCUACCUGGUGGUUCCACCCAACACAAAGGUGGAGGGGGCAGAGAUCAUAGUGCAGAUAGCAAUUCCUGCUCCUUAUUACAAGUCUGGUGUGACAACAGCAGCUGAUUGGUUGUUGCUGCGUACAGCUCCCUCGCCCUGGGCAGAGUUGGAGUUUGACAACAUCAUCCUUACUGUACCAUCACAUGUUGUUCAAGACCUGCAGCGCCCUGAUGAGGUGGCAGCACUUUGGAAUGACAUCAUGAAGGGUGUCGCAGAUCUGGCUGUCAUAUCACACAAAUUUGUCCGCAAAGAACGCAUUGUAGCAGAUGUGCAGAUUUCCUGUGGUUGGAUGCAUUCAGGCUAUCCUAUCAUGAUGCACUCAUCAGAAGCAGCUGAGCUAGUCAGACCAGAUGAUGCCAGGACCACAGGCCUGUGGGGAGAAAUUCAUGAAUUGGGACACAACCAACAGAGAAGCUGCUGGGAGUUCCAACCUCACACCACAGAGUGUACAUGCAACCUGUGGUCAGUGUAUGUGCAUGAAGAGGUGCUGGGGCUCAACAGGGCACAGGCUCAUCCAUCUUUGACCUUAACAAAUCGGAAGAUUUGUGUAGAGGAGUAUGUUAAGGGGGGCAAGAAACUCAGCAACUGGAAAGUGUGGGUGGCCCUGGAGACAUACAUGCAGUUUCAGAGCGACAGACACAGAGUGUCCCCGUAACCAUAGUAACUCACUCCUGACUGUGUGGGCACGGUGCAGUGGAGAGGGAGAGACUCGUGCUUCUGCAAGAUGAGCCACUAAGAGGGUCUGAAAUGUCGCUAAAUCUAGUGAGAAAGUCAUAGUGUCAUGGUUUUGGGUUUGUGUUCAGUUAUUUCCUGCUUUAUUUUGGUAAGAGUUCUCCCUCAUGUGUCUUGUUCUUUUACUUCCUGUCUUUGUUUGCUUUUCCCGCCUGUUUUGCCCUGCCCUGAUUAGGUUCACCUAUGUCUUGUUAUCCCCCCUCACCUGUGUGUAGUUAAGUCUGUGGGAUUCCCCUGUCCCCUUGUCAGAUCGUCUAACCAUGUGUCGAAUGUUUCAGUCUUUUCCCUGCUUUUCUGUUUCUACCUGUAUGUGUGUGUGUGUGUGUGUGUGCGUGUGUGUCAGGGAUAGCUAUGUUUGCCACAAAAGAUUCAGUGGUUGUAUGAGCUCAUAAUUCAUAUAGCCUAUUAAAUAUUUUGGCAGUAAAAAAAGACCUGUAGCAGUCAGUGGACCAAACCAUUGUGAGGCAUAUGAGGUGGUGGUGGUAGGGCAGGUGGUGUAAUCUUUCAAAACUUAAAAAAGCAUUGGAUUCAUAGUAGAGAACAAGAUCUGUUAACUGUUUGUGUACCCCAUACAUUGACUAGACACUUACGGACAACAGUGGUUAUAUUUAAAUUUUUUGAUCAAAAUUAUUGCUAGGGACAUUUCGGUGGCGGCUGGAUAUUGGUAGGGACAAUUCUAAGCCCUUGCUGUUGUUAUAUGGCUGAAGUUAGUUGAGCAUGCAGCCCCCACAGCUAUUAUAUGGGAGUUACCCAAAUAUCAGUUUCCAACUUAAACACUUUUCAUGUCAACAUUUAAAUUUUAAUUAUAACUGGUAAACUCUGAUUUUAGCAGACUGGCAUACUGGGGUAGUUGUUCCCAAAAAGGAGGCUAGAGGAUGUAGUCCAGUGUUUGGGGUAUCACAUUGCUAGACCUCCCUGGAAAAGCUUAUGCCUGCAUUGUGGAAAGAAGGCUGAAGCCGACUGUCGAACUUCAGAUUCAGAAAGAGCAUUGCAGAUUCCAUCCUGGUCAUCAACUGGGCCAGCUCUACCCAACACUAAAGGGGUCAUGGGAGUUUGCCCAUCCAGCUCAUGACCAUUUCCGGUGUGGUUUCAUGUGGGGGUACUGCUGUUCAGUCCUUGUUUAACUGGAGUUUGAGUGUCUGCUGGGUGGCCUAAGGAUUGCAUACCUACUUUUUGUGGAUGACAUGAGACCGUUCAGACCAUGACUGCACCGGGAUGGUUUGCAGCCAAUUAUGAAUUGGCAUGGGUGAGGGUCUGCACCUUCAAGUCUGAGGCCAUGGUACCAUGUUGGGAGUGAGUCCAUGCCCUAAGUGAAGAAGUUAAGGUAUCUUAUGGUCUUGUUCACAAUUGAGGGUAAGACGGAGCAAGAGAUUGACAGGUGGGUGUGACAGUAGUGAUGCCAACACUGUAUCUGAUUGUCGUGGUGCAGCGUGAGCUAAACCUUGGCAUAACUCUCAGUUUACCAUUUGAUCUUCCUUCAAAUCCUUAUGAUCUAGAGCUCUGGGUAAAGACAGAAAGAAUGAGAUCAUGGAUGCAAGCAGCCGAAAUGAGUUUCCUUUGCAGGGUGGCUAGGCUGAAAUGUUCAGACAUUUGGGCAUCUGAUUCAGAUGCCUCCUGAACACCUCCCUCUGGAGGUAUUCCAGGCACAUAUAACUGGGAGGAGGCUACGGGGCAGACCCAGAUAGAGAAGAUUACUUAUCCCAUCUGGCCUGGGAACAUCUUGGGAUAUCCGAGUAAGAGCUGGAGGACGUGGAUAGGAAAGGGAUGCAUGGGCUACCUUGCUUGGCCUGCUGCCACCUGGACGUGAAGUGGUAGAAAUGGAAGGAUCGAUAGAACUUUUUUUAAAGCACUCAUAAAUCUGACUUGACACCUGCCUGAAAAGACAAAUAAAUAUAGAUGCCUCAAGUAAGCCAAAGUCCUUCAUUCAAGGUAAAUAAACCCAAAAUGUAAUGGUAACAGUCCAAUUAUGCCAAUGUACAGUAUUUUUAACUCUCACAUGACCAACUCUGGAGUCAUAUAACCGUGUUGAUUGUCUGGUGAAUAGUAAACAAAAUGUAUUCUGUCUCUAUCAUACCUUCCAUAUAACGUGAAUGUGGCAUGAGGCUGACAGGAAUUCAUUCAUUACUUUAAGGUCUCAUGUGUUGGACAAGGGGAAAUUUUGAUCUGGUGGCGCUCGUUGAACAGUCAUAUAGUCAUUACAAUUAAGUUAUAAUAAGUUAUAACUAAUCCUCCGGGGACCAUGAAUGUCUUUACCAUAUUUUAUCGCAAUCCAUCCAAUAUUUGUUAAGGUUUUUCACUCUGGACCAAGGUGAUGGACUGAUGGACUGACAAACAUUACAAUCUGUACUGCUCCAUUGUUAUGUGGCUAAAAGAGCCACUCAGGACUUUUCACUUUCUUUGCAGUUUAUUUGUUAACUCUCUCAUAAAAUUUCAUUCCUCCAUCAACACACUACUCAUUCUAUUCACAUUUCCCGCUACCUCUGUUCCCUUCCAUGUAGCUCCAGGAAAAGUUUGGCUGGGAUGCCUUUAAGAAGGUGUUUGCUGCCUACCACAAGAUGUGCAACUUUCCAAAGGACAACAAAGGAAAGAUGAACCUGUAUGCUGAGACUUUCUCCCAGACUGUGGGGAUGAACUUGGCUGG